CAGCUGAAUUGCUCGAAUUUCUUUUAGUUCCGAGUGUGUUUGUGAUGUGUGUGGCGGUUUCAGCGGUUUUCGCUUGAUUGUCGCGACGAAAUGACUGACAUGAAACAGUUCACCAAGGCGGUGAUCAGGGUCGUCCAUGGGGUUGUGGAGGUGCUGUUUCACUUCCUAUUCAAGCUGGUGUAUGGAGGCCCGGGGGAGCAGAUGCCGCCGAUCAAGGACCUUCUGCUCCUGGAGUCGGCCUCUUCCAUCGCCCGGAAAAUCAGGACCAGGAAAAUAACCAGCGUGCAAGUCCUGGAGUCUUUCAUCGAGCGGAUAGAGGAAGUGAAUCCAAUUCUGAACUGUGUGGUGGCCGAAAGAUACUCGGAAGCUCGGAAAGAAGCUCAAGCUAUCGAUGAUCUCAUCAAAUCGGGGACGAUCCCCGAGGAAACCCUAGCCAAAGAGAAGCCUUUCUUGGGGGUCCCGUUCACCACGAAGGACUGCAUCGCGGUGAAGGGAAUGAUUCACACUUCCGGCUUGGCGAGGAGGAAGAAUUGUAUUGCUGAAGAGGACGCUGACGUGAUCGCCUACCUCAAAGCCACUGGAGCUUAUCCGAUAGCCUUGACCAACGUGUCCGAGCUGUGCAUGUGGUGGGAGAGCGCCAACACCCUCCACGGCCGCUCCUCCAACCCCUACAACACCAACCACAUCGUCGGCGGCUCCUCCGGCGGCGAGGGCUGCCUCCAGGGGGCGGCCGGCUCGGCCUUCGGCAUCGGCUCCGACAUCGGCGGCUCCAUCCGCAUGCCCUCCUUCUUCAACGGCAUCUUCGGCCACAAGCCCUCCAAGUUCAUGGUCUCCAACAACGGCCAGUACCCCACCCCCAUCACCAUCGACCAGAUGAGCUUCUUGGGGAUCGGGCCCAUGUGCCGGCGCGCCGAGGACCUCCUCCCCUUGCUGAAGAUCAUCGCCGGGAAGAACGCGGCCGAGCUGCGCCUCGACGAGCCCGUCGACGUCAAGCAGUUGAAUUUCUACUACCAGGACAGCGACAUGGGCUCGGUGGCGGUGUCGCCGGUGCACCACGAGAUCAAGGAGCUGUUCGGGAAGAUCAGCGUGCACCUAGAGAAGGCCCACGGGGUCAAGACGAAGAAGGUGGCCAUCCAGCGGUUCCGCAAGAGCGGCCCGAUCUGGUUCGCCAACAUGAAGACGCCGAACGGGCCGUCGUUCCAGGAGCAGCUGGCCAACCUGGAGGGGUCGAUCAACCCGUAUCUGGAGCUGGUGAAGUGGUGCUUCGGCAGGUCGGACCACACUUUCAUCGGGAUCGCGACGGCGCUGGCGGAUAAAGGGGGGUGCAAGUUCGGGGACGACAAGCACACGCAUUUGGUGGAGGAGAAGGGGCGCUUGAGGAGGGAGAUGGAGGAUUUGCUGGGGGAUGACGGGGUGUUCUUGUACCCGACGCACCCCACGGCCGCGCCUUUCCAUAACGAGCCUCUGGUUAAACCGUUCAAUUUCAGCUACACUGCCAUCAUCAACGUUCUUGGGUUCCCGGCGACCAACAUCCCGAUGGGGUUGAACAGCGAGGGGCUGCCGAUCGGGGUGCAGGUGGUGGCGAACACCAAGAACGACAGGUUGUGCUUGGCUGUGGCGGUGGAGCUGGAGAAGGCGUUCGGGGGGUGGGUGCCCCCGAGCGUGGAGGCUUAAGGGGAACCAAUAUGCCUUGUGUCACUUUAGUUUAACGCAUUUUUUCGAGUGUGGAUGGCGAUGUACAAAUUCUUGUAUUCUAUUUAAGCGAUUGGGUAUUAGUGUGAUAGGUGUAGGUGUGACCAAGUGGCGUUUGCCACUUCGCAGUAUUGUGGCCAAUUGAAUUGUGCGCAAGACUGAGAGGAGCAACAGCUCAAGUACCAACCCUUUUAUAGACGACCCAUAUAUUUUAUAAAUGUUUUUACCAGUACGCUGUAAGCCAGUGGGUGUGUAAUCACGUUCUAUGAUUGAUACAAUUUACAACCAGAUUAUGCAUUAUUUUUAUAACUAAAUGUUAAAUUUUAUAAUAAAACUUUUCUCUGC